AUGAAGAAUUCAAAGGGAAGAGGCUCGAAAACAAUCAAGGGAUGGAUCUGCGUGUUCGUAUGUUUCUCCUCAUCAGCUGUUCACCUCGAGGUUGUCAGCGAUUACUCAACCGAGGGAUUUCUGGCAGCCUACAGAAGAUUCUCGUCACGAAGAGGGAUAGCUCACAAAUUGUACUCUGACUGUGGUACAAAUUUCAUUGGAGCCCAGGCAGAGCUCAAACGCCUGUUCACGUCAAGUUCACAGGAGCACCAACAAAUUGCAUCGAUUCUGUCAGCAGACAACACUCAAUGGAUGUUCAACCUACCAGCUGCUCCUCGCAUGGGAGGAAAAUGGGAAGCUGUGGUGAAAUCGAUCAAGUAUCAUCUCAGGAGAACGAUUGGUGAGCUCUUACUAACUUUCGAAGAGUUUUCCACUCUCCUAACACAGAUCGAAGCGGUGCUCAACUCAAGACCAUUGGAGCCGCUCAGUGACGAUCCCGACGACAUCUCUGCGCUCACCCCAGGACACUUCCUCAUCGGCUCAGCACUCAAUACGAUACCAGAACCAUCACUGCUCGACGUUUCACCAGGUAGAUUGUCGAAAUGGCAACUGAUCCAGCAAAGGGUCCAACACUUCUGGUCUCAGUAG